CUAGUUACGUUUUCUGUCCACCUUUUUUCCUUCCCUUGUGUGCCUUAUUACUUGGGCUUUCGUUUCUAGUUUUUUUUUUUUUUUUGGUUCUGUUUUAGGUUUAAAUUUGAGAAUAUGGGUGUACUGGUUGCUGAGUCAUCUGGGCAAACCCAAAAUCAGAGUGGUGUAGUUGUUGAUAAUAAUAAUUUUAAGGAUAAGAAGAAAAAUCGUCGAUCUAGACGAUCUAAACAAAAUUCUUCUCCAACAGCUAGUAGUUCGUUGACUGGCUAUCUUGGAGAAUCGAAUUUCAAGGGAGGUGUUCCCAUCUUGGAUCAUGAAGGAUCUAAAGAGCUUUCAUUGCCUAGAGCAUCAAACAUUGCUUUUACUUCGAUGCCCACAAUGCGUUUAAAUGAACAGGCAGCAGAGACUGAAAGUCUCCCAGUGCAGCUAACUUUUUCACCUGGUUUUGGUGGACAAUUACAUUCAGGUUCAUGCCCAGACCCUAUUGUUUAUGGUGACCCGCCAAUUACUUCUUACCCACAGAGGAAAUAUUUUUCUUCACAUUGGCCAGCAGAAGCUGUUCAUAGAGCACUAGAGAGGGGUCAUGUCUUUAAAGCAUUAUUUCGCGUCAAUGCUCACAAUAGACUUGAGGCCUAUUGCAAAGUUGAUGGUGUGCGAACGGAUGUUCUUAUUAGUGGAGCUGCAGCUCAAAACAGAGCCGUUGAAGGAGACAUUGUUGCUGUUGAAGUUGAUCCUCCUUCUCUUUGGACCAGAAUGAAAGGAUAUACAGUUGGUGUUGAGAAUGCAUCUUUGGUAGAUGAUGGUAUGUUGGAAUCUGACAAUUUAGACUUUGUCAGAGAGAAUUGCAAAGGGAAGAACAAGAUAGACACAGAUUAUGAGUUCAGUAGCUGCGGAAAUUGUUCUAGCCCCUUAGAAAAUGCUUUAGGUUAUAGAAGUAGGGGAGAAAUUUCAGAUCCUGAAGAGAAGGUACAAGCGGAGAACGAUUAUGUGAAUAGACAUAAUUUGACUGCUCCGAAACCUUCCAUAAAUGAUGCUAUGCAUGUGACUGAGAGAUUGUCAGCCGCUGUGAAUUCAUUCCCAUCUAAACGACCAACAGGUAGGGUUGUGGCUAUCCUUGAGGGGUCGCCCCGUCGGGACACUAUCGUUGGUUUUCUCAGUGUCAAAAAGUGGAUGUGGAGUAGGGAGUGUAACAAAAAGGACUUGAAGAAGAAUAAUAAACAUUUAUCGACUGCUUUGAACUGUCAAUAUCUCUUGUUAACACCAAAUGAUCCUCGGUUACCAAAAAUGAUGGUGCCAUUUAAGAGCCUGCCAGACUUCAUUUUGAAAAGAUUGGAAGCUGGUGAUGUGGCAGUGGAAUUGGAGCUAGUAGCCGCACGGAUUGCAGAUUGGGCAGAAGAGAACUAUAUUCCAGAAGCUGAAGUCACCAACAUAUUUGGACGAGGUGGAGAAGUGAAACCACAGCUUGCUGCAACCUUAUAUGAAAAUGCAAUUGAUUCUUCAGAAUUCUGUCAAGAGACCCUAUCAUGUCUUCCAAGUAUCCCAUGGGAAAUACCUAAAGAGGAGCUUCAGAGUAGAAGAGACAUCAGAAAUUCGUGUGUUUUUACUAUUGACCCUGCUACUGCCACUGAUCUUGAUGAUGCACUCUCUGUUGAAAGUUUGCCUGACGGUAAUUUUAGAGUUGGGGUCCAUAUUGCUGAUGUCUCAUACUUUGUUCUACCAGACUCGGCUUUAGAUGAAAAUGCCCAGGCAAGGUCAACAAGCGUGUAUUUGUUGCAAAGUAAAUUGCCAAUGUUACCCCCAUUGCUCUCUGAGAAUCUGGCUUCACUUAAUCCUGGGGUGGACAGACUUGCUUUUUCUAAUUUUUGGGACAUUAAUCAAUCUGGGGAAUUUAUUCAGCGCUGGAUUGGCCGCACUACAAUUCGAUCUUGUUGCAAGCUCUCGUAUGAGCAUGCUCAGGAUGUUAUCGAUGGGUUGCUUGAUGAUCCAAGUUCUUAUAAAGGAGAACAUUCAUUGCCAGUGGUACAUGGCCUUUUUAAAUGGUCUGAUGUUGUUACAUCUGUCAAGAACCUUUAUGAAAUCUCUAAAAUCUUGAAGAAAAAAAGGUUUGAAGAUGGGGCUUUAUCACUCGAAAGUCCCAAAAUAGUUUUCUUAUUUGAUGAAGAAGGGAUACCUUAUGAUUGUGUGCUCAGUGGAAGUAAGGAGUCGAACAUGCUUGUUGAGGAGUUUAUGCUUUUGGCUAACAGGACAGCUGCUGAAGUUAUAACUAGAGCUUAUCCUUCUAAUGCACUAUUACGAAGGCACCCUGAACCCAACCCGCGUAAGCUCAGAGAGUUUGAGUCCUUCUGCUCUAAACAUGGUCUGAGAUUGGACACUACUUCUUCUGGCCAGAUUCAUAAUUCAUUGGAGUGCAUUAGACGAGAGCUGGCGGAUGAUUCUGUGUUAUUAGAAAUUCUUAUGUCUUACGCCACAAGACCCAUGCAAAAUGCAGCUUACUUCUGCAGUGGAGAUGUAGAAGAUGAAAACGAUAGGGGUCAUUAUGCCCUUGCUAUUCCUUUAUACACGCACUUUACUUCUCCGCUUAGGCGCUAUCCGGAUAUUCUGGUGCAUCGGAUGCUUGCUGCAGCUUUAGAAGCUGAAGAGGUGUAUCUGAAGCUCAAGUAUCCAGAUGGGGGACGCCAAAGAUGUUUGACCGAUGUAUACUUCGAUAAAGAUGCAAUUGGAUCACCUGAAGCUCAAGAAGCAUUAUCUGCAGCAGCAUCAAAACAUAAGGUUCCGUGUGCAGAAAGUCUUGCUGGUAUUGCUUCCCAUUGCAAUGAAAGAAAGUUGGCUUGCAGGCACGUGAAAGAUGCUAUGGAAAAACUCUACAUGUGGGUACUUCUAAAAAGAAAGGAGAUAUUGUUCUCAGAAGCAAGAGUUAUGGGUUUGGGACCACGAUUCAUGUCAUUGUAUAUUCACAAGCUUGCUACUGAACAGCGGAUCUACUAUGAUGAAGUUGAGGGACUUACUGUGGAGUGGCUUGAGGCUACUUCGACAUUGGUACUUAGUCCGUCUACUAAUAAGCGCUUUAACAGGAGGAGCAGCCCAGGGAAGUGCAGGUCACUUGAAGAAGUAGCACUCAUUCUUAGCCCGUGUGAGCUGAACCAAGAACUCGAUCUGUGUGGAACAAAGAUCGAACCUGCUGUUUUCCCUGUGACUCUGCAACUCCUUUCAACAAUCACUGUUGCUCUUCAUGCUAUAGGAGGAGGGUAUGGGCCCCUUGAUAUUGGGGCAAGGCUGUUUAUUACUUCAUAUUUCAAGUAACUUGGCCUUUAUAUAUGAAUAUCACUGGUUGAAAGUGUGAUAUCUUGGAAGUACGCGCAACUCUGGUGUAUAGAUACCAAGGUAGUUUGUAGGUUGAGUAGAAUUCAAAUAUUCUGACUAGAUUGCCUGAUGCCUUAUAUAGCAAGGGCUCAAUGUCGGACUGACAUCUAAUAGGUGUAGAUAAAUGGGGACUUUUUAUAUAGUGGCUGUUUUUAACCAAAGCUACCUUUAGGAUAUGGCCCUUUUUUUGGUUGGCCGUCUCUGUCCUAUAUAAGUUAGCUGACUCUGUUGCAUCGGCACUCUAAUGUUCUGAUGACAAUUUCUGUUUAAUGUUUUUCCUUCAAGUUUCUGCAGGACUAGGACCCAUUGUUUUUGAAGUUGGGAGUCCUUGACAGUUCUACUUUUGUAUGGUCGUUUGAUUUCGGGCUGUAAUUCAUUGCCUACAUAAAUACUAUUCCUUUUGUUAUAUAUUUUCAAAGAUUCUCCUU